GUGAAUCCCCAGCAGGGAGAGACAGGCGGGGAGUAGACUGCUGGGCUCUUCCUCCUGUUGAAAAUUCACUGGGCACUGGAGGAGGAAAUUUUCCUUCUGUCUUCUGCCCUGAAUGUUUUCCCAAACAUGAAGGCAAUAAGUUUAUUCUUCUUGGUGGGAUUUAUAGGAGAGUUCCAAGUUUUUUCAAGUGCCUCCUCGCCAGUCAAUUGCCAGUGGGCUUCCUAUGCCCCUUGGUCAGAAUGCAAUGGCUGUACCAAGACUCAGACUCGCAGGCGAUCAGUUGCUGUUUAUGGGCAGUAUGGUGGCCAUCCCUGUGUUGGAAGUGCUUUUGAACCACAAUCGUGUGAACCUACACGAGGAUGUCCAACAGAAGAGGGAUGUGGAGAACGUUUCAGGUGUUUUUCAGGUCAGUGCAUCAGCAGAUCUUUGGUUUGCAACGGGGAUUCUGACUGUGAAGAGGACGGUGCUGAUGAGGACAAAUGUGAGGACUCAGAAAGCAGGCCUUCCUGUGACCUCGAUAAACCUCCUCCCAACAUAGAACUUACUGGACAUGGUUACAAUGCGCUCACAGGCCAGUUUAGGAACAAAGUCCUCAACACUAAAAGUUUUGGUGGUCAAUGCAGAAAGGUGUUUAGCGGGGAUGGGAGAGAUUUCUACAGACUGAGUGGAAAUAUCCUCUCCUAUACAUUCCAGGUGAAAAUAAAUAAUGAUUUUAAUUAUGAAUUUUACAAUAGUACCUGGUCUUAUGUAAAACAUACAUCAACAGAACAUUCAUCAUCUAGUAAAGGACGCUUCCUCUUUUUUAGUUCUUCAUCUUCUUCGUACAGUUACUCUUCAAAUAUGGAAGAAAUCCAUAAGGAAAAGAGUUAUCAGUUGUUGGUUCUUCAGAACACUGUUGAAGUGGCUCAGUUUAUCAAUAACAAUCCGGACUUUUUACAACUUGCUGAGUCAUUCUGGAAGGAACUCUCCUACCUUCCCCCUCUGUAUGACUACAGCGCCUAUCGAAGACUGAUCGACCAGUAUGGGACACAUUAUCUUCAGUCUGGGUCCUUAGGAGGAGAAUACAAAGUUAUCUUUUAUUUGGACUCAGAAAAAAUCAAACAAAGCGGUCUUAGUUCAGAGGAGAAGAAGAAAUGUGCUUCCUCACAUAUCAAUUUUUUGUUUAAAUUAUCAGAGCACACAUGCAAGCAGAUGGAAGAGACCUUAAAAUUGGUUUCAGGAGCUCAGGGCAAUGUGUUACGAGGGGACCCAUUUGUCAGAGGGGGACGUCCUGGCCUUGUGUCUGGCCUUAGUUACCUGGAACUGGACAAUCCUGCUGGAAACAAAUGGAGAUAUUCUCGCUGGGCAGGAUCUGUGACUGAACUUCCCCAAGUCAUAAAACAAAAGCUGACACCUUUGUAUGAGCUGGUAAAGGAAGUACCCUGUGCCUCUGUGAAAAGGCUGUACCUGAGACGGGCCAUUGAGGAAUAUCUGGAUGAAUUUGACCCCUGUCAUUGCCGGCCUUGUCAAAAUGGUGGCAUGGCCACUGUUAAGGGGACCCAGUGUCAGUGCCAUUGCAAACCAUACACGUUUGGUGUGGCGUGUGAACAAGGAGCCCUCGUAGGGGAUCAAGCAGGAGGGGUUGAUGGAGGGUGGAGCUGCUGGUCCUCUUGGGGCCCCUGUGUUCAAGGGAAGAAAACAAGGAGCCGAGAAUGCAAUAACCCACCUCCCAGUGAGGGUGGGAAAUCCUGCAUUGGAGAAACGUCAGAAACCAGACAAUGCGAAGACGAGGAGUUGGAGCAUUUGCGAUUGCUUGAACCACAUUGCUUUCCUUUGUCUUUGGUUCCAACAGAAUUCUGUCCAUCACCUCCUGCCUUGAAAGACGGAUAUGUUCAAGAUGUAGGUGCCAUGUUUCCUGUUGGGAAAAACAUAGUGUAUACUUGCCAUGAAGGAUACUCUCUUGUUGGAGACCCUGUUGCCAGAUGUGGAGAAAAUUUACAGUGGCUUGUUGGGAAAAUGCAUUGUCAGAAAAUUGCCUGCGUUCUGCCUGCACUGAUGGAUGGCAUACAGAGUCAUCCCCACAAACCUUUCUACACCGUUGGUGAGAAGGUGACCUUUUCCUGUUCAGGUGGCAGGUCCUUAGAAGGUCCUUCGACAUUUCUCUGCGGAUCCAGCCUUAAGUGGAGCCCUGAGAUGAAAAAUGUCCAGUGUGUGCAAAAAGAUGCCCCUUUGGCACCGGAAGUGCCUGAAUGUCAGCGCUGGGAGAAACUGCAGAAUUCAAGAUGUGUUUGUAAAAUGCCUUAUGAAUGUGGAUCCUCCUUGGAUGUAUGUGCUCGAGAUGAGAGAAGCAAAAGGAUACUGCCUCUGACAGUUUGCAAGAUGCAUGUUCUCCAAUGUCAGGGUAGAAAUUACACUGUUGCUGGUAGGGAGAGCUGUACUCUACCUGCCUCAGCUGAGAAAGCUUGCGGUGUGUGUCCACUAUGGGGAAAAUGUGAUGCCCAGAGCAGCAAAUGUGUCUGCAGAGCCGCCUCGGAGUGCGAGGAAACAGGGUUCAGCGUCUGCGUGGAGGCGAAUGGCAGGGAGCGGACGAUGACAGAGUGUGAGGCCGGCGUCCUGAGAUGCCAAGGACAGAUCAUCUCCGUCACCAGCAUCCGGCCUUGCGCCGCCGAAGCCCCGUAGCUCCCGGCGCCGGUGGGCCUGCUCGCAAUCCUGCAGCCGCGUGGCCGAGUUAGAACCUCUGCACGCCCGGCCCUGUAGACAGCUUCUCAGCACGCGGGCCCAUUCUUUCUCCUUCCACUCCGUGUCCACUUCUCGCAAUCCCCAGGCCCUGCAUACUUACACAACCCUUUGUUCUCCCAAACCUGAAUCCAGAUCCUCUUUUUCUUCUCUUUUUAAAUGUCAGUCAGGCUGACGGCUAUUGAUGAACCUUUGAAGGAGCUGUUAUGUUAUGUUCUUGGAAAAAUUGCUGACUUCUCUGGACCUUGACUUCUUUUUAAUCUGAAAAUUAGAGGGUUGGACUAGAGAAAUCUGAAUGCUCUAUGAUUCUUUUAAGUAUGAUUAAAAGAAUCGACCAGAACACACUCUACAAAUUGAUUACGAAAACAGAAAGAUUGGAGAGGCUGGCUUCGCUCAGUGAAACCGAGUACAAAGGGGACCUUGAAUGGAAAAAGGCAGAUACAAUUAUUCCAUCCCAGGCACGACACCUAGAGAUCCCUAAACUUGUCAGGGGGUUGAAUCACUGCUAUCAGAGUGGAAUCCAUCACAUUAUGGUCACAGGGGCACCUUCUACUUUCCUGUCUGAGAACAAGUAUUUACAAUUGAGGCUUCUCUCUGGAGCUUUUCUUGUGUUUUCCAGACGCAAGACCUGCAAUCUGUCCCCUUCCUCCCCUUUCCUUUUGCAGGAAGCAUCAUUCGUGCCUGAGCCGUUGAGUGAUUGUGUAUUUGGGAGAACAGCGCUCUCUAAUUUGGACACACCUAGACUUUUCAGGGGGCUCUACAGGUAGAUCCAUGUGAGGCAUUAGCCUUCUAUUUAGUCCCUAUUCAUCUUUCAUCAAAACAAAAUAACAGCUGUAGGUGAUGUAAUGAGUGGGCUUCAAUGGAAUUUAAAAUACGCUUUUAUAUACAAAUAAUAUCUCUGUAUUUUUCUGAUACAUUUCAAUGAAACUUUAGUUUAAAUGACAAUGAUUAAAAAACUCAUUAAAGAUACUAUACUUUGGAAUUUUAAAA